AUGAGAGAAGUUAAGCUAAAAAUAGAUGCCGAGGGUAUAGUGAAAGCAGCCCUAUGCAUUAAAAAUAUGAAGAAUAUGGAUAAGGUUGUUGCAUCCUGUGACAGAGUUAGUUAUUUGGCGAUCCUUAAGAAUAUACUUGAUCGCAACAUAAGAAUAGAAAGUGAGCAUAAAGACGGGAAAGAGAAGACUAUCCUAGACAUAGUUAAGAAUGAUAUCUACCAAUGCUUCACACACAACGAGUAUAUGGCACCAAGUGCGAACAACCUGCACUAUGCGCUGAAGCAUGGAAAUGAUAGAUCCAUUAGACAGGAGACUAUCUAUCUGAUCAAUGAUCUUAUAACGCCAAACACGCUCAUAUACAGCCCAGAGCACGGGAUAUACAUACAGGUAGAUAGAAAUGAGCCAUUGGAAAGCAUAGACUCACAAGAUGAUAAUGCUGAUCUAAGCACUAGAACAUACACUCUGCAGGUUGACGAUGAAAACUUGGAAAAUGUGCUCCAGAUUACCUCAGAGAAUCUAGACAGACAGAAUCUAUGCUAUUUAUCUAUUUUGCCAGACUUAAAGUACAUGGCUGCAAUAAAAAAAUACUCAUCUGUAGAAGAGUUCUACACUUUAGACGAACUGUACACCCUGACAAAAGAUGGUGUGCCACUGGUAGACUAUGGGCUGAGGCUUAUCCACGAGAAAUACCAUGAUAUUGUGGAACUAGUUGAUUUAAUUGAGGAGGUAAAGGUCAUUUCCAACAAGCCACAGGAUACGAUUAAAAAAGAAGUUAGUGAGUUGUUUACCACUGAAGAGGACCUAAGGAUAGCGAUUUCUAUCAGCAAUCAUGUAGAACAAAUUGAGCAUGAGAAGAAGAUGCACAGUUACAUGAUUAGCAUGAUGGAAUGCAUAGAAAACAGCACAGAUCUCUUGGAUGAAAAAGAUGGCUCGAAAGUACUGAAGAUAAAGCAGGAUCUAAGUGAUUUUUAUGAAAACUAUGUCCACAGUACGGGUCUGAUCGACAUAAUAUUCAAAAAAGGAGAUAAACUGAGUAUCGAAAGGGAAGCAAUGUCUGAGUGUCUUGACGCAAAAAAGGAGGAGUAUAAUAAAAAAGAAGGAAGUUUGGAAGAGUGGAAAAAAGAGACUAACUUGUCCUCUCAGGACUAUGCCCAAACAGAAAAAGAAAAAAAAGAUGAAAUAAAAGCUCUAAAGCGCAGCAUUAAUCACCUAGAAAAUGAUAUGAAUCUGCAAGAAUGGGCUAUAAAAAGAGUGGCUUUAAAGUAUGGUGAUAUUUGCACCUUUCAGAAUAUUUAUCACAUCCUAUCCAGCCUAAUCCCGGCGCAGAGAGACUGCAUAGUAAAAAAAAUGAAAGAGUUUGGCAAACUGCAGAAAAUAAAAGUGGUAGUGGCAGAAGAAAAAAGAGAAGCUCUCAAAUCAAAAUACACACAAGUAAAUACAGUCAAAAUACUUGCAAUAGCUGUUGUUUCUAUAACAGUUUUAGCGCUAUCAGCCAGCCUUUUAAAGAAUAAAGCAGUAAAGUUUGUAUGUCUUAAUUAG